UUGUGUUCUAAAUUCCAGCUUGAAGCUCUGACUAUCAAUCUCAGUACUAAUCCAUCGUCUUCUUCCUUUGCCUCGAAGAUAUCAAAUCCAGAUAUAUACAUACAUAUAUAUACAUAUAUGUCCUGCAAAUCUAUAACAUAACCAUUGAUUCAGUAAUGUUUUGUCAAGGAACAGUAAUCGGAGCAACGGCGAAACCCUUGUUUCCCCGAUCAGAGUUACACAUGGCUUCUGAUCUUUCCGCCGACGCUCUUAUCUCCCGCCGAGCCUCUUCCAGUCGCCGCCGCGAUCUUGUUUUCAUCGUCAAUCCCAAAGGAGCUAAUGGUCGAACUGGUCAGGAAUGGAAGACGCUAUUACCUUACUUAAAGUCUCGCCUUGGUUCUGAUUGUAAUAUAUGUGAGUCUGUAACUUCGGGUCCUCGUCAGGCGAUUGGAAUAACAAGGGAGGCGAUACGUGAUGGUGCUGAUGCUGUAAUUGCGGUUGGAGGUGAUGGAACCCUUCACGAGGUAGUUAAUGGCUUUUUCUGCAAUGGAGAGCCUGUUACUAGUCGUGAUUCAUCCUUUACCUCUACAACUGCACUUGGUGUAAGUGUUUCAUUAGCUCUUUGUAAUAUGUUUGUAAACCUUAUUCUACAGAAAAGUAAAUUUGUCAUAUAUAUGCAGCUCAUCCCAUUGGGGACAGGAUCCGACUUCGCUCGAACAUUUGGCUGGAAAAAUGAUCCUUAUGAAGCCAUUGAUCGACUAGCUAAAGGAGAGAGACGGCGCAUAGACAUCGGAGCGAUUAGAAGAGAAAAUGAGGAGUCUCAUUACUUUGUUAAUGUUGCUGAUAUUCAUUUGAGUGCUAAAGCGGGGUAUUAUGCAUCCAGAUACAAGAAAUUCGGAAAUCUUUGUUACGUCAUUGGUGCUCUACAAGCCUUCUUUAGUCACAAGAACCAGAACCUUAGGAUUAAGAUUAACGAUGGCGAAUGGGAAUCAUACCCGAAGGUAACAGCUGUUUGCAUUGGAAAUGCAAAGUAUUUUGGUGGUGGGAUGAAGAUUACGCCUAAUGCACACCCUUCAAAUGGGACUUUUGAGAUGGUAGUGCUUCAGGAUUUCAAAUGGUAUGAUUUCAUACUUAAGCUCCAUAAGCUGUACAAUGGGACACAUUUAUCAGUACAUAAUGUAUCCUCCAUAAGUGCUCGAAGCAUUGAAGUGGAGGAGGAGGAGAUGGUUGGUAGUGAAAGCAUUUAUGUGCAGUCUGAUGGGGAAUUUCUCGGUUUUCUUCCUAGCAAAUUUUGUAUUUUACCCAGUGUUAUCGAAAUGAUAGUUUAAUUCUUUGUUUCUCAAAUCGGACAAGUCCCCUUUCUCAGCUAGACGCAACAAAAUCUCGAUUGGUUAUAAAGCAUCCCAAUAUUUCCUCAGAUUGGUUUGCCAAAUGGUUUAGUAUUUGGGGUGGUGUGUACACUAAUAUAUGAAAGGAUUUUUAUUUCCAAUUUUCCUUAGGACAUCAGACAUACAUAAUGACACAGUUUUGUUCAUUUUUCAUUGUUUUUAUGUUGUAUU